UCCCCUGUCCCGUUCCCCUCCCCCGCCGUCGCUCUCGUCCUGCCGAGAUUCCGCACGAGCUCAACUGCCAGCGAGCUCUCACCGCCACUCGCUGCCCCGCCCGCCCGCCAGCCAGCCAGCUACAAGAUCGCCCGCCGCCUCUUCUUCUCCUCUUGCAAGCUGAGCCACUCCGCUUCCUUCUGGCUCAGAUCUCUCCUCCAACUCCGAGAGUGCCCCCGGUGGCGCCCCUCCUCCGCCCCCGGACCGUCAUCCCGCAGGUGUGAGACCGGUGCAUUGCUUGGUUGACCCCUACUUCUGGAAAUGCUUGAUUCACUUAUUAGCCAUGACCCAAAGGUGUUGACUGAGGAGAAGCCUGAUGAGAUAAUUGCGACUGGUGUUGUUGAAAGUCUGCAGAAUUUUCUGCGCAAGUGCAUCAUAGCUGUCCUCUCAUAUGGCCCGAUGCCUAAACACAUCGCGUUUAUUAUGGACGGGAACCGCAGAUAUGCCAAGUCCAGAAGUAUCAAGCAAGGCACCGGUCACAGCGUGGGGUUCGCUGCUCUAAUGGCAAGUCUUAUCUACUGUUACGAGAUGGGUGUCAAGUACAUCACGGUGUAUGCAUUCAGCAUCGACAAUUUCAAACGUGACCCUAGCGAGGUCAAGACCUUGAUGGAAUUAAUGGAGGAAAAGAUCAACAAGCUGUUGGAAAACAAGAAUGUCAUCAACAAGGUUAACUGCAAGAUCAACUUCUGGGGGAACCUGGACAUGCUUCCCGAACCAGUGCGGUUGGCAGCCCAGAAGCUGAUGGCGAGCACCGCCGAGAACACAGGACUGAUCUUCUCCGUCUGCAUGCCGUACAAUUCGACCUCCGAAAUCGCCAACGCCGUCACCGAGCUCUGCAAAGAACGGAGGGAUAUGAUGCAGGGGCAGCAGGCCAGUGGCCGCAACGGCCACCCCGCAAAUGGCGGUGCACAUUUGGAUAUCUCGGUGGCCGACCUGGACCGCCACAUGUACACCGCUGGCUGCCCGGACCCGGACAUUGUGAUCCGGACCUCGGGCGAGACCCGGCUGAGCAACUUCCUCCUGUGGCAGACGACGUUUAGUCAUCUGCAGAACCCGGACCCCCUCUGGCCUGAGUUCUCCUGGAGGCACCUCGUCUGGGCGAUACUGCAGUACCAGAGAGCCUACCCGUACAUCGAGCAGAACAAAGGUCUGGCAAAGAAGCAGCUGUGAGUGAGGGAUCUCAUCUCCUUCGCAAGGAGAUAUAUGUAGAUGGUCAUCCAGAAGACACAAUAAUAACAGACAGGGCUGGCAGAGAAGCGUCAGUCUGUGAAUAAGGGAUCUGAUCUCCUUUGGGAGGAGAUAAGCAGAUACCAAGAAAAGAUAGUUACAGCAACAUGUUGGAAGUUUGCCCUUGCUAUUUUUCGUGUAUGGGAGGAGUAUAAUUAUGGGAGCCAUGUGUAUUAUGAUGUACAAUUCUCCGUUUUACUGUCGUGUUAAAUUAAACGUUGGCAAUGGCUUGCCACUUCGCCUGAAUAAGGAGCCAAAUCGAGGAAAUUGUAAAGCGUCACAAUAUAUAUUCAGUACUCAUUUGUACUCCCAAGGCAUAUAAUUCACAUUUGCCUCGUUUUCAUAGCUACUUACAAGAAGCUUGUUGUGAA